UCACACGUUAAGGACGAAUAACGAAGGCAAUGAAGCUAUCGAUAUUAUUAUUAACAAUUGCAGGAAUGGCGUGUUCCAGUGAUAUUACAAAAUCUUAUAAAGCGCCUUCCUUGUUCUUGAAUCACGGAGGCGGCCCAUUGCCAGUACUAGGGGAGAAGCACAAUAAAGAAAUAGGUGAUUUUCUAAGAAAUGUGUCGAAUCAUAUGGACUUUGAUCGCACAGAAGCAGUGAUAGUGGUGACAGCGCAUAGAGAAGAGGAUGUAGUGACGAUAUCGUCAGGCGAGCGGCACGGGAUGGUGUACGAUUACAGCAACUUCCCGGCGGUGAGUUACGAGUGGAAACACAAGGCGCCCGGCGCGCCAAAGUUGGCACGCAGCGUACACGCAGCGUUUACGCGCGCCGGUAUUCCAGCAGCAUUGGAUCCGGUUCGCGGAUGGGACCACGGGACGUUCAUCCCUAUGAUGCUCGCGGACCCCGCCGCGCGAAUCCCAAUCCUUCAAGUCUCUAUAUUAAAGAGCCAGAACGCCUCGCAGCACUUCGAGCUAGGACGAGUUCUACGUCAGUUUCGUGACCAGGGCGUCGCGGUAAUCGGCUCCGGGAUGUCUUACCACAACAUGGCGGAAUUUCGUAAAGCCGUAAUUGAUAGUGACGGGGUCAUAGUCAAUGAGGAGUUCGAUGAGUAUUUGACAGAGGUGUGUACGGGUGACGAUUUGAGGAGGAUUUUGAGGUGGGAGGAGGAGAGAGGGGCGAAGGAAGCGCACCUGGAGGGUGAAGCCGACCACCUGAUGCCGCUGAUAGUGAACAUCGGGGCGGCGGGGCUGGCGACGGGGCGGAAAGUGUUUCACUCCGUUUUCAUAGGAAAGUUUAAACUUAGUGGAUUUGUUUGGAAUUAG